AUGGGCUACAAGAGUAAUUACAAGAGUAGUGUGAACGAGCAUUAUAUAGAUAAUAUUGCCAUCGCCACGUAUCUAUCGCCACGUAUCUAUCGCCACGUAUCUAUCGCCACGUAUCUAUUUCCUAAUAUAGAUAUCUCCGUUGCUCCUAUUACAAUUAUCUCCCUUCUUCAAAGGCCUGGUCCCCAGGGCUUCUUAUUAAUGUCAGAACCAGCUGCUUCCGUUGCCGGUUCAGAACCUAUGGAGGGUGAUAUGCUGAAUGCCAUCGAGAGCAUUUGCUUGGGUUGUCUGGAAAGGUUGCAAAACCCUCCAGUGCCAGCAGAUGCCGUCGAGUUGGCCCAGGCGGCUAUUAACGCAGCUGAGGAUUUAAUUGUCGCUGGUGCAGACGCUUCGAACGUUAACGUUUUACAGGGCGCUGUGACAGCUGCAGUUAAGUUCUUCGCAGCGAAGAUCCGUGGGGCUCAACGAAAUGGUUCCCCUGAGGCCCCGGCUGAAACAGUGAUUGGUGAGAUCCCGGUGGCUACAUCGCCGGUCGCAGCUCCCAAGUCAUCGUUGAAACGUCGUGCUUCGCCAGUUGAGGAAAUCCGGGGUAAUAAGCAGGUCUGCCUUGGUGACAAUUCCUCAAAUGACACUGGCCAAGCUGAGGCGGAUCUGUUUUUUAAUCCCUGGGCGGAAUAA